CUAGAUUUUAAUCUUAACAUUUUUAGAUGAUCGUUGUAAAGAGGAGAUAGCAGCCUCUCACUUCAACUACGAAAUAAAUGAGAGCAUGAAUAUCGAAAUAGCUAAACAAUUCAAGGACUUAUUAGAGCCUUUUGACAGGCUCGUUAGUAACUCAGUUGAAGCUAGUAAUACAAACGACACGUCUUCUUCAUCCUCUCCUAGUCGUAAAGAAACCGUAGAGGAGAGACUAGACGCUCUAUUUAGGAAGUCAAACCAUAACUCUUCCACUCAGUCUCUGGGUCCGCCACCCCAGAUCGUCACAACUCGUAGUUCCGCCGGAUCUUCCUUCAAAGAAACUACACAGGCCUCAGAUAGAUCAGCUAUCAAAAUAAAGACUAUCUCCUGGAAUAUGGCAGACUCUCUAGUUAACGGUGAUUUGGAGGUACUAUUGGGGCACGUACCCCCAUAUACACCACCACCGUCAACCACGGAUAAAUUACCACAGUUAGAUCGCGAGGACGCUCAUCCUUAUCAUUUAGUGGUCGUCGCCGGACAGGAAUGCCCAACAACAGCAAACAUCCUCCCACGCGGUUUUAGUCUUGCUUUACGUGACACUAACCCGAAACGUGAAACUUAUAACGAGUCUAGUACGGAUUUGUUACAACAAUCACAAUCUCCAAAUUUAUCAACAAUCUCACAAACCAAUAAUAACGACCCUUCUUCUAUUCAAUCCGGCUGGUCUGGUAUCUUGGAACAGUGGUUUUGUCAUGGAGCAGGCACUUGUCAAAGUCCAAACAUACCGCCAACUCCCACUGAACCCAUCGUUAAUGAAUCUCUAUUAUCGCCUCCUCCAAUGGGUGAUAGAAAAUUAAGCUCAACUUCAGUCGGCAGUUCAACCGGAAUGCAACCAUCUAGCUCUGCUAACUCUGCAACUUCUCAAUCUCAACAAGCCGCCCGUCCGCCGAUGAUAAAAAGACAUCUCUCUAAAUCUUCUCGUUUUGAAAAAGAUCUAUCCAAACAGACGAAUUUCAACUCUGGCCCUUAUGAAUUAUUGCUAAAGGAACGUUUAAUGGGUAUCUACAUUGCCGUUUUCGUUUUUAAAGGCUGUAGACAUCUUGUUGAAAAUUCGUCAACUGCUGUUGUUCCAGCUGGUUUAUUGGGUGGCAGACUAGGCAAUAAAGGUGCUGUCGGAGCUAGUGUCAAAAUAGCAGAUACUCGUUUACUUUUCAUUAAUUCACAUUUAGCCGCUCAUGAACAUAGGUUAGCUGCUAGAUUAGAAAACAUGCAGAAAAUUCAACGAAGUUUGGCCGUCGAUACUUUCUUACCACCGGAUGAUCCACGAAAUAACAAAGAAGAUGUCACUGAAAGAUUCGAUUUUACUUGGAUUAUGGGUGAUUUAAAUAUGAGAGUUGACAUCACUCGCAAACACGCUGAUUGGUUAAUAAUGAACAAAGAUUAUAAAGCAGCUUUAGAAUUUGAUCAAUUGCGAAGUGUAAUGAAAGAUGGAAAAGGUUUUAAUGGUUUCAAUGAGGCUGAAAUUACUUUCCCGCCUACUUUCAAGUAUGACGUCGCUAAACGAUCGCGCACAUUGCGUAGAAGAUCUUGGGAUAACCGUUCAAUGAAUAGGACCUCUACACCGGAUAUGUCAAGACCAUCUUUAGAUUCGACUGCUGAAUUUGUUGAAAUAAAUGACGAUGAUAUAUCUUCGAUCACGUCAACAUCAAGGAGUGGAAAUUCUUCAAAUGUUGCUAAAUCACCUUCGAUGGCUUCUUCUCAUUUAACAUCAGACGUUGAAGAUGAUAGUGAGGGUGAAGAUGAUGAAGCAUUACGUAUUGCUGCGAUUAAUGCUUCACAAUUGGAAGAAUCAAAGCUUUUUGCAGGUGUAGAUGUCGACAAAGCUGUUGAUAAAGCUGUCGAGAAUGUCAAAGACGCUUUCAGAUCUCUCGUAAAACCAAUAUCGGCAACUUCGAAUGAUGACAAAAUUCGUCAUCGGAGAAGCCUUGAAUCUAAACGAUCAAGUAGUCGACUUAGUGUUGAUUUUUCAAGACGAAAUGCCAGUGUUUUUAGCGAUUUUGACUCAAGGAGAAAUAGCUUUGGAGGAUCCCAUGAUCAACAACAUUCUGUAUCAAAACGUAGGAGUAGUAGUAGCGUCACACAAGAGUCAAACCUUGGUCGCAAACCUCGUAAUUUGAGUUUAGACGUAAACAACCUCGGUGUCGCUCAAAAUGGCGGCCCACUCAGUGCUGGUGCAUCACCAUUUAGUCGUAGCUCAUUCUCAAGAAAGCUGAAACAAAGUUUGAUUAGAAGAUCAUCACAAUCCUCCGGAAGUAAACAUGAAGAUGAUCUGCGGAAUUCAGCUAUAGAUGAGACAGCAUCGAAUGAUCCAGAUGAGGAUUUAAAGUCGACGUACGAUUCAUCUCCCAAACAACGCGUACCAUCUUGGUGUGAUCGUAUACUUUGGAGAUCGACAAUAACACCUGACGCGGAAAACCUAGAUCGCAUGCGCACAAAGAAGUUCUCGAAAUUGGGGAACGCAAUUUCACAUGUCCUCCGUCGUCGGUCUUCUUCCAAAGGUAGCUUGAAAGAAAUAGGCAAUAGUUUGAGUAUAAGCAAUAUUGCACAUCAUAAUCGAAAUAAUAGUAAUAAUAGUAAUAGUAAUAAUCAAACAUCACAAUCACAUGUACAACAAUUACCAGUAGCAGAAACGCAAAUAAUCGAAGAUAAUGAAGCGCCACGACCAAAACUUCAUAUGUCACGAUCGGUUGAAGAACUGUCCAAAGUCAGUCCAACUACUAAAGUCAGCUUUUUUACAUCUUCCCCAAUGUCAACUGUAAAAAGUGAAAAGAAGUAUCGUGAGAAAGAUGAUAAGAAGAAAUUUUUGGCGAGGUUUAGAUCAAAUUCACUUGGAAGUCCAAAAGAUGAUGAUAUGUUGGAUGCAAGUCAAGUACAAAAACAUAUGAAAUCUCGGAAAAGCUUCUCAUGGUUGGAGACAUCAGCUGGUAGAUCAUCAUCAGAUUUAUUAUCACCAACUGAAGUGAUUGGUUCACCUUCAAUAUCACCAAAGACAUUAUCAAUGACAACGAAUUUGAAUGAGAGCAGUACAAGCAAUAGUGGGAAACCUAAACAAGAAGGGUCUUCACAGGGUAAUGAUGGAAUGCAAGUCUCAAAAUGGUUUGUUAACUCGUUCCCAUCGUUGUUUGGUAGUAGAAAUCCAUCUAACCUUCUAUUGGAUACGGGAAUGAAUAAAACGAACAGCGAUACCUCGACUGCAGCGAACAACCAAACACCUGAAGUUGAAUUAGCAAAGCAAAGAGGACAAGUUGAUUGUAUCAAUUAUAGCUCAUUAACUGAUCAGGAGAUGAGAAAAUUGGAAGGUAGAUCAGAUCAUAGACCGGUUUUAGGAUCAUUUUUAGCGUGGAUCUAGUAUAUUCUUAUUUAGUUUAAUAUGAUUUUUGUAUAUUAGCAGUAGUAUUAGUUAUAAU